CUCAACACACCUGCACCAUAUACACCACACAUGAGGACACCGCACUUAAUGAACAAAAGGGACUGACGGACGGCGGCCGAGUCCCUUUCUAUUACGAUCCGCGCGCAUAUACGCAUCAUUUCGUAUGCACUUUUUUUUCGUCGCUAAUCAACGGGUGAGUACAUCGGUACACGAAUUAUAUAAUGUCCAUGUACUAUUAUUACACGCAGAACACCGCCUCAUGCCUCAAAUAGUCCGCCAAGACUUUUAUUUCCCAAGACUCAAGCCAAAGAUAAAGAAAUGCAUUUUUUCGUGCAAAAUCUGCACUAUGCAUAAGAAAAAGGUGCGAACGCAGAUUAUGGCAGCACUUCCACCUGAAUUUGUCCUAACACAUGACGAUUGUCUCCCCCCUACAGAAUGGCGGCUUGGUCGCAUAGAGAAGCUACAUUACGGCUCCGACCGUCAUAUCCGAGUAGUUGAUCUCCGUACUUAAAACGGAACGAUGACCAGAGCGCUUGUUAAACUGUGCUUCCUACCAACCGCAGAUAAUAGCGAAAAUGCGCGUAAUGAACAAUCCGUACAAUAAUACCGACACGCAGAAAUUAAAACAUCCGUCUAAUAACUAAAACCAAAAUCAAUCGCACAUAUGAUAAAUCAUAAAGAUACUAUGAUUUGUAAUGGGUAGAUUAGUAAACUCUGACAAACAAAUAAAGUUGGUUACAAUUCACACAAUUUCAUAACAUAUACAAAUGAGUUGGAACUAAACUCGACUUUUUCUCCAUGAAGGCAAAUAUGGAUUCAGAAAACAUUUCAACUCCAACGCCAACACUGCGAUCGGCCAUCAGUGUGCCCCAUCCUGGGUUUGUCCCAACAGCGGCGCCCCAUACAAUCACCGCAACAGCACCGUCAACUGCAGCUUGUAAUGGCACACGAGCACCAGUAACCACACCCUCACCAUCAACGGAGCCGCAUCGCAUACGAUGCCCCCCUUGUCGCCGCCCCCACCCACUGCCGCACUGGGGACUCUUCAAGGGCAUGUCACCCAUCCAGCGCCAGCAGGUAGCACAGGCGCAUGGGCAUUGCCACGAUUGUCUGGCACACACGCACGCGACUGAGGACUGUGACUCUGGGGCUUUGUGCCAAAUGUGUGACAGGCAGCAUCACACGCUGCUCCACCGCACCCCAAGACGAGAGGUCGGUUGGCCACCUGCCACUCGCAGACCACAGCAAACCAACCGUGUGGCACGACAACGAAGACCGGCACCACCUCCUGAGUCCCGUUUAUGGCGUCAGCGAGACGCAGAGGGGCCGGGAUGGCUAAAUGAGUUAAGCUUCCCGCCCUCAUACACCACUAUACCACACAACAAACCACUCAAAAGGAACACUGGCACACUCACCGCACUUGGAGUCAACACUCAUCGACUGAAAGUAGCAGUCUACACCCACACACCCACCAAUACACGCCGUACAUCAACCCACCAUAACUCUCCACAGCCCAACGAGCAAAAACCCUCGUCCUGGAAGAGGCCGCUCUUUUUUCGAUCUCGAUCUAAGAGCGAUUCACAUCAGCGGACGUUUUUUUUUGCUAUUUUCGGCGCGCAGCAGCUUUUCUCUUUUUUCUUCGUUUCUUUUUCGGCGCGCAACCCAAAUCAUCUUGCCUCAUCAGUUGAUCUUCGACGCGCAGCAGUUCAUUCAAUCUAAUUUCAAUUUCGAUUUUUAUAUACUUGGUACAGCCUCCAUUGGUAUCCGACCAAGGAGUCCAUCAAUUCACGGUUUUCCAUCCAUUUACUGUCACUCCACUGGUAUCCGACCAGGCAGAUUUUUUCUUUAACAUUAUACUUGAAGUAUUGUAAACGAAUUUGUAAAACUUGUGAAUAUCUUAACGAAUUAAAAAGCAAUCAUUUGGCCAUAACAAAAGAAAGGUUUUUAGUCCGGGCUGGGUGCUAAGGUGUAAGUGCUAAAUUAACUAUCUACGUGAGUAAGUGGUAAAAUAAUACUUGCGUAUACGAGCAAUAAUGCAAAAAGGAGAAAAAAGUUGUUGACUUUUGUAUAUGAGUCUGCACGAUAUGUGCAUGUUUAUGUGCAUACGUAAAAUGCUGAAGAAAAGUUUAUUUAUUUUUUUGUUUGUUUGUAAUCCUACUUGCUUGUGCUCUAAGAAGAACACGGGGUAUUGCUGGACAGGUGCAGAUUUGGUCUUUGAAUAUAUGUGUGUGUGAACACUUGAAAAUGCAGAUACGUAUGUACAUACUUAUGUGCUUUUUUUCUAGCAACUCUUAAAUUUUUUGUUUUAUUUUGACCGUAAAUUUUUUUGUUUUUAAUUAGAACAUUUUUAAAUUUUUAAUAAAUUAAAAUUUAGCAUUUACCGCUUUGUUUUUUCGGAAUAUUGUAGGUAUUUCCGAUAUAUUAUGAAAUUUUUAUUUAAUUUUGUACCCUAUGUACGUUGUAUGCCGUAUGUAUGUGUGUAUAUUAUAUGCCGUACGGAUAACGCGUGAAUAGAAAAUCGGUGAAGUCCAGGUAUGCACUUUUUGUAAAUUUGUAAAAUUUUCACAAUGCUGUUUAUACAUACAUGUGGGUGUAUGUUGCAUUAAUUUUGCUUCCCUCUUUUUUUUGUUUUGUAAUAUAAAGGGUGAUUUUUUAAGAGCUUGAUAACUUUUUUAAAAAAAAAAACGCAUAAAAUUUGCAAAAUCUCAUCGGUUCUUUAUUUGAAACGUUAGAUUGGUUCAUGACAUUUACUUUUUGAAGAUAAUUUCAUUUAAAUGUUGACCGCGGCUGCGUCUUAGGUGGUCCAUUCGGAAAGUCCAAUUUUGGGCAACUUUUUCGAGCAUUUCGGCCGGAAUAGCCCGAAUUUCUUCGGAAAUGUUGUCUUCCAAAGCUGGAAUAGUUGCUGGCUUAUUUCUGUAGACUUUAGACUUGACGUAGCCCCACAAAAAAUAGUCUAAAGGCGUUAAAUCGCAUGAUCUUGGUGGCCAACUUACGGGUCCAUUUCUUGAGAUGAAUUGUUGUCCGAAGUUUUCCCUCAAAAUGGCCAUAGAAUCGCGAGCUGUGUGGCAUGUAGCGCCAUCUUGUUGAAACCACAUGUCAACCAAGUUCAGUUCUUCCAUUUUUGGCAACAAAAAGUUUGUUAGCAUCGAACGAUAGCGAUCGCCAUUCACCGUAACGUUGCGUCCAACAGCAUCUUUGAAAAAAUACGGUCCAAUGAUUCCACCAGCGUACAAACCACACCAAACAGUGCAUUUUUCGGGAUGCAUGGGCAGUUCUUGAACGGCUUCUGGUUGCUCUUCACCCCAAAUGCGGCAAUUUUGCUUAUUUACGUAGCCAUUCAACCAGAAAUGAGCCUCAUCGCUGAACAAAAUUUGUCGAUAAAAAAGAAAAGAACCGAACACUGAUUUUGGUAAUAAAAUUCAAUGAUUUGCAAGCGUUGCUCGUUAGUGAGUCUAUUCAUGAUGAAAUGUCAAAGCAUACUGAGCAUCUUUCUCUUUGACACCAUGUCUGAAAUCCCACGUGAUCUGUCAAAUACUAAUGCAUGAAAAUCCUAACCUCAAAAAAAUCACCCGUUAGCUGGCCGCAUGUAACUUGGAAAAAUGUUUUGCAUUCCGAUCAGUUCAGGAAAAGUAUUUAUAUUACAUGUUAUGACUACAUAUGACAUACACAUUUCUAAAUCCGAACUUACAACGCAGAUUAUACAUAUACUACUGUAAUUACUAAACUUUAUACGUUUCAUAUAUACAAAUAUACAUAAAUAAAGAUUAAUUAAAGUGUAUGAAAUUAUUAUUUCUCAUUUUACAAAUUACGUUCAGUGAGAGUGUUCAGAAGUGCAUUUAACGUAGGAAACUACAAAAACACAUAUACACGUACAUUUUAAUACACCUUUUGAUAUUAAUUUAAAAAUUAGACAGAACUAAGAGGAAGCUUUACCAUAAUAGUAUUAGCUAAGCAGUAUUUUUUGGAAUAAGGCUUAUGUAUGUCCAGGUAAUUUCUGAUUACAACGAAAGCACCCAUUUCAAGCAGUAAAAUCCAGAAAAUAUAUGCAUGUAUAAUAUGUUAUAGCAAAAAUACAAAUUAGCACACAAAUACAAAUUGCAAAGUGAACGAAUUGCAGAUUUUCCCACCCAAUGCAAUAGCACAACAACAAACACACGCAGACAAAUAUCACGCAAAAAUAUAAUUGCAACCUGUUUUAACUGUCAUUUUACUUGAAUACAUAUUUUGACGUUAAAUUGUUGAGGAAGGUAAAUUUUAAAUAGCUUAUAUAUAUAUAUUUAUAUAUUAUAGCUGUUUCUAUUUAAAUUAUAAAGAUUUUUUUGUUGAGAAUGAAUGCAGAAGGUGCGCCAAUUCACAAUGGUCGUUUACAAUAAAUUGACCGAAUCAGCCGU